CACACAUGAUACAUAUAAACCUUUGAACUAGAAGUGGAGGCCCACUCUUGAUCACUUUGGAUGCAUGCUCUGGUUUUGUCGACGGUCCAGUUUAACGGACACUGCUCGAGUCGCUUUCCUUCACUGCGCUCCUCCUCCACACAGACUGACAGUGAGAGUUCAUUUGAACUAGUUAGUGCAUGUCGAGGAAGGGUUGCCGUCGAGAGAAAUACUCCCCAUAGUCACCUGGAGUGAUCCAGUUUCUAUCGACUAAUUUUGAUGGUGUUUGUUAUGGAGUCACGCAUGAUUGAAGCCAUCAAGUACAAUGUGUUUUGUGUGUUGCUGGGGACUGCUGCCUGCACACUAGGAUGUGGUGUAGCUUCCGUUCUCCUGCUGAGCUUAUGAGGGAACUCAUUGUCUCCUAAUGUUUGCUUAACCAUCCCGCUUGAGCAUCUAGAGUGUUGCAUGCGGGUCACCCAGCGAAUUCUUCGCCCACGUUUUUCCUCAAUUCUAGGCAUACUAGUAUGUCUGUUGCUCACCUCCUCCGUGGAUCGAUCUCUACUCUGAGAAUCAUUAAAGCUAGUGCACAGUAAACUUCAUUUCUGUCUCGUCUUAGAUGCCUCGGGAUACGAUCUGCAUAUUCCGUGUAUAGCGUUGGUUCCAAGCACGUUUGAGUGUAAUAGAGGAGGUGAUUCAGCAUACGCAGGGUGUGCAUUAGACUGGAGUAAUUUCACAGAUUCUGCUAGCGUCCAUCGAUUGGUCUGUUCCGUGACUGCCGUAGGAAAGAUUGUGAAGAGUUUGGGGCGCAUUUCGAAUGAUGGGAACUGGGCACAUAGCUGUCCUACUUCCUGACCAAGAGCACUUGAAGCGAACUCGCCCUUGGGGGGGGAACAUCAUGCAUGAGCCAGAUGUUAAAGGAGGAGGGGAUGUACCGUACUGGAGAAAGAAAGUGCUCGUAACCAAUACUGACGCCACAGAUUCGUCGGGAGAUGCAAGCACAAGCGAGCAGUGGCCACCGCGAUCCUACAUGUGCAAUUUCUGCCGACGAGAGUUUCGCACUGCGCAAGGCCUGGGAGGGCACAUGAAUGUGCACAGGCGAGAGAGGGCACAGGCAAAUCAAUUGGCGCACCUAACAAACAGCAACGAAGCACUACUCGCUAGCACAAACUCGCAGGAUGCCAACAGUGCGACGUGCAUGCAAGGAGAAUGGAAACGAGGAUAUUACAAUUAUCUAAAUGGCGCCCCACUCUCCCAGCAAGCAUCCACUUUAUCUUCGAACCAACCACUCGGCGGGAUAUUACAUUCGUCUGAGAAACCUGGUGACACUGUCGACCUUGAGCUUCGACUUGGUCAGAAAUCUGAUUAAAUUGCAUUAUUAUUCGGCUUCUGUAGAGCAUGAACAACUCAAUGUUACAGAUAGCGGACUUGACCGUGCAGAUCGCCCCGUCGGUCCAUGUUUACAAAUUGCUACAGUUGUAGCGCAUUUGUCUCCUUCCUUGUAAGGAAUCUUUGGGUUCGUGAAAUUUGGCAGAAAGCUUUAGCUUCAAUGUAGUCUAAACCCUCAGUGUUGUGAUCACCUGUCAUCAAAAGAUUUCCAGAUCAUGGUUGUUAUGUACAUAAAGUAAGAAGAAAGCAUCUGCAACAGCGCCGAUCUCUCUUGUAAUUGGUUGGAGAGUAUUAGACAAGAGUUGGAUUGAGCAAUGUUCCCACCUCGAUCCAAAUAGUUAUGGCCGGCUUAUAGGGCCUACUCUGCCUUAAAAUUGCUUCUAUACAUGCAGAUUAUAACAGUUUUUCUUGUUAUAAGUUUGAGAUCAGCGCCUGUCAGUAACAAGAAAGCAAUGUUUAUAGCCUUAGUUCCUUCAAAAUAGUCUGUAGAAGCUCUAAGUUGUGGAAUCUGAUUUUGUAUUUGGAUGACUUAUCAUUGCAUUAAUGAGUUCAAUAUAAUAUGAUUGCGAGAAUUGAA